AUGUUCACAAAGGAGAAGGAUGGUUGCAGUUGUGAUGUUUUUGUGCCCAGCGGAGGGCAAAGGAAGCUGAAAGAAACAGAGGAACGGGGAUACUGGGGCACCAAAGCUGAGUUCAUUCUCACUGUGAUGGGUGCCAUCAUUGGACCGGGCAAUGUGUGGAGAUUUCCUUACCUGUGUUACAAAAACGGCGGAGGUGUGUUCUUCAUCCCUUACAUUUUGUUCAUGUUCACUUGCGGGAUCCCCUUGUUUUUUCUCGAGACCGCUAUGGGACAGUACACCAACCAGGGGGGGAUUACGUGUUGGAAAAAGUUUUGCCCACUUUUUCAAGGGAUCGGCUACGCGAGUCACCUUAUCAUUGCGUUCAGCGCCACGUCCUACAUUAUUAUUAUCGCGUGGGCAUUCUUUUAUCUGUUCUCCUCCUUCAGCGCAGACUUGCCUUGGGCCACGUGUGGAAACGACUGGAACACAGACUCAUGCAUAGACUUCAGCAUUGCAAAUCAGAGCCUCACUGUGACACACAGGCAGAACACCACUCUGCCUGUUGUAGAGUUCUGGGAGCGCAGAGUGCUGAAGAUCUCUGGUGGUAUUGAGGAGGUGGGGAGCUUGAGGUGGGAGCUAGUCUUGUGUCUCAUCCUGGCAUGGGUCAUCUGCUACUUUUGCAUUUGGAAGGGGAUCAAAUCCACUGGGAAGGCGGCCUACUUCACAGCAACUUUCCCCUUCGCUAUGCUGCUGGUUUUGCUCAUACGUGGUGUGACGCUGCCAGGGGCAAUGGACGGGAUUAUUUAUUACAUCUACCCUGACGUAUCCCGCCUAUCAGAUCCACAGGUGUGGUUAGACGCUGGCACGCAGAUCUUCUUCUCUUAUGCCGUUGGCUUUGGGUUCCUGACCUCUCUUGGCAGUUACAAUACUUACAACAACAACUGUUACAAGGAUUGUUUCUACUUGUGUUUGCUGAACAGUGCCACCAGUGUUGUGGCAGGCUUUGCCAUGUUCUCCGUCUUGGGAUUUAUGACCUACGAACAAGGUGUCGAUAUUGCAGAGGUGGCAGAAUCAGGUCCAGGACUGGCCUUCAUUGUUUACCCGCGUGCUGUAGCCAUGAUGCCCAUGCCACAAGUGUGGGCCGUGUGUUUCUUCUUCAUGAUCAUUCUACUCUGCUUGGAUAGUCAGUUUGUCGGUCUGGAGUGUCUGAUGACGUCGCUGGUCGAUCUUUACCCAUCUUACCUACGUCAAGGCUACAGACGUGAGCUGGUCCUGCUGGCCAUCUGCACCGUCUCCUGUCUGCUAGGACUUUCCCUGGUGACCGAGGGAGGGAUGUACCUGCUGCAGCUAGUGGAUUUCUACAUUUGCAGCGGGACGACCUUGCUCCUGCUGUCCAUCUGCCAGUCUGUCAGCAUUGGCUGGGUCUAUGGGGCCGAGCGUUUCUAUGGGAACAUCACAGAUAUGAUUGGUUAUCGUCCGGGUCCACUAAUGAAGCUCUGCUGGUGCUACUUUACUCCCUGUUUAUGUUUCGGCACCUUUGUGUUCUCCGUAGUCAGAUACUCUCCCUUGAAGUUCAGCAGCACUUAUGUUUAUCCACUGUGGGCCAACAUUCUGGGCUGGUUCUUGGCCACCAUCUCCCUCUCCCUCAUCCCUCUCUUCGUGUUCUACAAACUAGUACAUGGAGAGGGCACCCUCCGUCAGCGAUUCCUGUUGCUGUGCCUUCCCGAAGACGACCUGAAAUGUCUUCCCCCGCUGGAAGACAAUGUCGUCACUCCCCUCACCGGGCUUAAACCUUUAUCCCGUGCUGAGGAAGUCACUAAAUGA